CCGCCCUCUGGUGUUUUCUGUCCGAGGCGGGGCGGCGGUAGCGAUGGCGGCUCUGACAGACGUGCAGCGGUUACAGGCCCGAGUAGAGGAGCUGGAACGUUGGGUGUACGGGCCAGGUGGGGCGCGCGGCUCGCGGAAGGUGGCUGAUGGCCUGGUCAAAGUGCAAGUGGCUUUGGGCAACAUUGCCAGCAAGAGGGAGAGGGUGAAGAUUCUGUACAAAAAGAUUGAAGACCUGAUCAAAUAUCUGGAUCCCGAGUACAUCGACCGCAUUGCCAUACCUGAUGCCUCUAAGUUGCAAUUCAUCUUAGCAGAGGAGCAGUUUAUCCUCUCCCAGGUUGCGCUCCUGGAGCAGGUGGAAGGCUUGGUGCCCAUGCUGGACAGUGCUCAUAUCAAAGCCGUUCCUGAGCAUGCCGCCCGCCUGCAGCACUUGGCCCAGAUUCACAUCCAGCAGCAGGACCAGUGUGUAGAAAUCACCGAGGAAUCCAAGGCUCUCCUGGAGGAAUACAAUAAGACUACAAUGCUUCUGUCCAAGCAGUUCGUGCAGUGGGAUGAGCUACUUUGCCAGCUAGAGGCUGCCAAGCAAGUGAAGCCAGCCGAGGAGUGACAGCUGCUCCCCAUCCCAGGGUGGGCUAGGACCCUGUGCAUCUCUGUCUUUGUAACAAGGCAGAGGCAUCUUCAUAUUUAUUGGAUUCAAGAGCCACUGUCCGCAUUCAGGUGGAGCUUUGAGGUCAGGUCAGGCUACCUGAGGUUUGAGAUUUGCAUCCCUGCUUCCCAUCAGUGUUCUUUUUCCAGUGACAAUAAACUAUAGAGAUCACGGGA